CGUGUUGCUGGGCUAGUCGGCUCAUACUGAACAAUUUCAGACCAUAAGAUUUAUGUCCAGUUAGCGCAACCGGAAGUUUUCAAAGCAACGGGCUGCACCAUGCACCUAGACUCUUCUCUCCGCCUUCGCAUUCCACCUGUACUCUGCAGCAGUGGCAGCGUGUCGGCACUGUCUAAUUCACAUGCUCUGCGUUUUUGCAGUUGAUUGCGCAUCGGCUGGGAAUCACGAUUGUGUGAUAGCUCCUUCCACCACCAGACUGCCAGGAAGCUGAGACGAUCGCCUGGAAAGUACAUCGGCGCAUGCGGACUGGAGAGCGACAUCAGCGCGCUUGGGACCGUCACAGUAUAAGAAGGGACGCAAGAACAUCGGACCACCAUUUGGCAGCAGUGGCAGCGUGUCGGCACUGUCUAAUUCACAUGCUCUGCGUUUUUGCAGUUGAUUGCGCAUCGGCUGGGAAUCACGAUUGUGUGAUAGCUCCUUCCACCACCAGACUGCCAGGAAGCUGAGACGAUCGCCUGGAAAGUACAUCGGCGCAUGCGGACUGGAGAGCGACAUCAGCGCGCUUGGGACCGUCACAGUAUAAGAAGGGACGCAAGAACAUCGGACCACCAUUUGGCAGCAGUGGCAGCGUGUCGGCACUGUCUAAUUCACAUGCUCUGCGUUUUUGCAGGUGCCUUUCGGUCUGUACUUCCUUGUCUUACUCUGCCGAGCGUCAGCGUUGGAACUAAGAAGCAACCGAACAGACAUGAUCCAUCAAUUUGGGCCGCUACCUGAUGGCAGCGAGCCUGAUCUCAAAGCCAUGGCUACGGGCUACGGUGAUCACCAGAGUGGCUACGGUGGCCACAAGAACCAUGGCGGCCACCACUCGCACGGCCAGUACGGCGGCGGCUACAAACACCAUGGCGAUGAUUACGACAACUACCACGCAAAGCAUGGCCGUCAUGGAGACGAGCAACAUGGUCACGGCUAUAAUCGCUACCACAACGACCACAACGGAAAAUAUGGUCAUGGAGGCUAUGGAGAAAAGCACUACGCCAACGACCACUACGGAGGGCAUGGAAAGCACGGAGGCAAGUACGGCAACGACCACUACAAGGCUCGGGGACACAAGAACUACGGUCACAAGAAUGUAUAUCACAAGGAGGACGCCGCGCACCACAGCCGCUACUACGAUGACUACCACGACGGUGACCACAAGAAAAAGUACAAUCAACACCACAACUACAACGACCAUCAUGCGGGCCGCCAGCACCAUGGACACCACCACAAGCAGCACCAUGACAAGUACCGCCACGGCGACGACUCCCACAAGCAUGGACACGGCCAUUACAAGCACCACCACGGAUCACAUGGCGGCCAUGGCAGAGACCACUACCGAGGUGGCAGCGGCCACAAGUACGGAGGCGGCGGAUAUCACCGUGGUUCUCACGAUCACUACGGCGGCCACAAGCACCAUGGAGGCGGUGGGCAUAGCGGCGGCUAUGGAGGUCACGGAGGAGGCGGCGGCUACGGCGGUCAUGGAGGAGGAUACGCAAGCAAUGGUGUACCCACGUACAUCAAGGUUCCUGUGUCUCAAAUUGGAUUCGCGGCGACUUUUCGAUGA